CUCUCCAUCUCUGCGUCGCUGCCGGCUGCGCCAUCCCGGACCCAGACUCCCGUGCCAGCCAGAGGCCCUCACUGCGGCUUCAGGGACACUGUCCCAGCCAGAUCGCAAACAUGUCAUCGGAAAAGUCAGGCCUUCCAGAUUCAGUCCCCCAUACCUCGCCGCCGCCCUACAAUGCCCCCCAGCCCCCGGCCGAGCCCCCCGUGCCGCCCUCACAAGCGGCACCCUCUUCCCACCAUCACCACCACCACCACUACCACCAGUCUGGCACCGCCACCCUCCCGCGCCUAGGGGCCGGUGGCCUGGCCUCGGCUGCGGGAGCCCAGCGCGGGCCCUCCUCGUCCGCCACGCUGCCGCGGCCCCCCCACCAUGCCCCCCCCCGCCCCGCGGCCGGGGCCCCCCCACCUGGCUGCGCUACGUUGCCCCGCAUGCCGCCCGACCCUUACCUGCAGGAGACGCGCUUCGAGGGCCCACUUCCACCUCCGCCGCCUGCCGCCGCCGCCCCGCCCCCGCCGGCGCCCGCCCCCACCGCCCAGGCUCCCGGCUUCGUGGUGCCCACGCACGCGGGGGCGGUGGGCACGCUGCCUCUGGGGGGCUACGUGGCACCGGGCUACCCCCUGCAGCUGCAGCCCUGCACUGCUUAUGUGCCAGUCUACCCAGUGGGCACGCCCUACGCAGGAGGGACCCCUGGGGGGACCGGAGUGACCUCCACUCUCCCCCCACCGCCCCAGGGCCCCGGGCUGGCCCUGCUGGAGCCGAGACGCCCGCCUCACGACUACAUGCCCAUCGCAGUACUGACCACCAUCUGCUGCUUCUGGCCCACGGGCAUCAUCGCCAUCUUCAAGGCCGUGCAGGUGCGCACGGCCCUGGCCCGCGGAGACAUGGUGUCCGCCGAGAUCGCAUCACGCGAGGCCCGGAACUUCUCCUUCAUCUCCUUGGCCGUGGGCAUCGCAGCCAUGGUGCUGUGCACCAUCCUGACCGUAGUCAUCAUCAUCGCCGCGCAGCACCACGAGAAUUACUGGGAUCCCUAAAAACACCCCCAGCUCAACCCCACCGUGCGCCCCUCAACCUCCCAGGCGUGCUCCGCAGUCCCGCCGCGGACCCAAAGGGCGCCCUGCAAAUCCUCCUAGAGCGCCCCGGACCUCCAGACAUCCUAAACUUCGCCCCCGCGGAACCGGUAUCCAGGUCCUCAGGAACCCCUCCAAAACCCACAUCCCCAGAGGCACCGCUUCCAGGGUCACCCCGACUCCCACCCCAUCAACGUGGAGCGCACUGGGUCUCCACCCAGCAGCCUGGAGUCAGGUCCCAGAGACCCCGCCCCCUCC